AUGACCAACAGCGCCAGGAAGCCGAACGCCAGACAGACGAUUACGACGGAGAGGAGAAACCAACGAGCCGCGGAGAAAAGCGCGGCGGCGAGUGUCAGCAAACGCAAGAAGGAUGAAGCGGAUGAAGUGGAUGAGGACGGCGAUGGGUCGGGGCUGGUGGGCGACUUCCUCGCGGCUCACCCGCACGACAUUGCUGUGGCUCUGACUGCGCGCCACUGGGCGAUCUUCGGCCCGAUCCCACUGCUCGACCUCGUGGGCACGAAAGUCGAGCUGUGGCGAGGCCGAACGGUCACGGUGACCCUCACAUCGCUGGCCAGGGCCAAGCUCAAGGCGCGGGUGUACAAGAAGUGGAUCAAGGUGGCUUGGAAGCUGCGGCUGCUCAACAAUUUUGAGUUCAUGCUCCAUGUCAUGGAUGCGCUUGAGUCCACCCGUUUGAAAAAGGUGAAGCCUGAUUGGGAGUCAGCGCAGCAUACACGCGGCGUUGGGCCUGAGUACCGGGAGGCAUUGGCCCAAGCGCAGCCUCCCUGCAUUCCCUUCCUGAACCUGGAUAAGGAUGGCCGAGUCAUGGGCGUGCUGGCCAGGCUGGGCGUUGGAAGCUUAUGA